UAGUUAUGAACGACUGCAUCAUCCGCGGUGACCUGGCCAACGUGCGGGUGGGACGACACUGCGUGGUGAAAAGCCGCAGUGUCAUCAGACCACCCUUCAAGAAGUUUAGUAAAGGGGUGGCUUUUUUCCCCCUCCACAUCGGUGAUCAUGUCUUCAUAGAAGAGGACUGCGUUGUCAACGCGGCCCAGAUUGGCUCCUACGUCCACAUAGGCAAGAACUGCGUCAUUGGUCGUAGAUGUGUUUUGAAAGACUGCUGCAAAAUCUUAGACAACACAGUGCUGCCGCCUGAAACAGUGGUCCCCCCGUUCACAGUCUUCUCGGGCUGCCCAGGACUCUUCUCUGGGGAACUCCCGGAAUGUACCCAGGAGCUGAUGAUUGAUGUUACGAAGAGCUAUUACCAGAAGUUCUUGCCGCUCACUCAGGUCUAGUAGCCUGUUUACCGUGUUUCAGAGCAGUGAGGGCACGCAGGAGUGUUCUGGGGGAAGGAGAGGGAUAUUGUUCUGUGAGACCAGGGCACGGCCUCUGCUGUUCCGGAGCACUUCUGUGAGCGUUCCUCAACACCAGUGGUGGGGCCAAGCCAUCCUCGUGAAAGCUGCUGUCUCCUGUUGUUUCAACUUUGUAUGCUCAUUUGAAUGUAAUUCAUUCCACGUUGUCUGAAUUGUGCCAUUAAAUGUCCUGGACCUAGGAGAGCUG